UGGAGUGUGUAUAUUGUUCAGAAGGAUUGUGAACGAUUGUGAAUUUUAACAUUUAUCCCACAAAUCCACAAAUGGAACAGCUGUUCGUUGGUCUUAAUGUACGUGAAGUACAACCAGAUAAAAUAAUUGAAUCAAAUAAUCAACUGUUAAAAGAUUUGUUGAAUGAGGUACCUGAAUUCCGUAAAUGGACAUAUCAAAAGUUCGAUCGACCCUUAAACUUGGAAAAAUUAAGUGAACAGAUGGCCCGCAAGUACAUAGAAUAUUUUGACCGAACUAUGACUUCCCCUUAUCGGGGUAAAUAUCAAAUUACAGAUGUCUUAAGGGUUGAAAAUCCCUUUUUAUUUGCACAAUAUCACUUGAAGAAAACGCAAGUGAACUUCGACGAGAUACUACUCUUUCAUGGUACUCUGGGAAGAAAUCUAAUACCGAUAUGUACUAAUAAUUUUAAUUGGCGUUUAAAAGGUGCAAAAAAAGGAUGUAGAUUCGGACAAGGUGUAUGCUUUUCUCCAAGGUCUGAUUAUUCGAAGCAUUCUGUAGAAUAUUUCCAUUAUUUAAAUGUCCCUGAAUUAAAUACUGAAAAGCGUGGAGCAGCUAUGAUUAUUGCUAAUGUGCUGACGAAAAAGAAAUAUAUUGGAAAUCGAUUUACCGUCGUACCUAUUGAUGAAUAUGAUACAACAAGUAAUAUGGCAGGAACAGUAUAUGUAAAAUACCAAGACUCCGAAUUUUACCCAGCAUUGAUUUUAUUAAUUAAGUUGGAGUAGAGGCCCACUACAAUGGGAAUUAAAAUAUUGUAUUAACACACUACAAGCGGGUUGGGUAAAAAUACCCGUCUCGAGAACUGUUGAUUAUCAGCUGGCCGGGUAAUUUUUAUCUUUUUGAAUGUACUUAUUUUAAAAGCGGGGUGAGCUAAUUUUACUCUAUUGAUUUACAUUCGGAACUAAAAGAAUUAUCUCUUAUUUUUUGUUAUUAUUCAACAACAAUUCAAGUUUGGACUAUUUUGCCACCCGCCUAUAGUGUGUUAGUAUGCAACUGUACUAUUUUCAUGAAUAAAUAAAGUAUCAAAUUGCGGUAAACACAUUUGUAUUGUUUUCAUAUCUACUUUUAGAAUGUGAUAUGAAUAUGUAAUGUGAUAUAAGGUGUUAUAAAAUGUGAGUAACAAAUUAAAA